CUUGCAGCCUCAUUAGACCAUUGGAACUCUAUUAAACGCCGCGCCAUUUGGUUUACAGUGCAGAAAGAGCAUGCCGACUGGGUGCCACAUUUAGCAAAGGCCGGGUUUGAUUUUCAUCAUGUCUCUACUGCCUCUUCUGCUAUUGUAAUGAUUCGUUGGUUGCCGAUCGACGAAUAUGCCAACAUACCAACCUUCUGCCACACUAUGCUCGGUGUGGGCGGUCUUGUUGUAAACGAUAAUAAUGAGGUGCUAGUAGUUAGCGAUCGUUUUGCGUUGAUCGCUAAUAGUUGGAAAUUGCCGGGUGGUUAUGUUGAGCCAGGUGAGGAAAUCGUUGACGCAGCUAUACGUGAGGUAAAAGAGGAAACGGGCAUUGAUUGCGAGUUCCGCACUGUGAUCUCCAUACGGCAUUCCCAUAGCGGCAAUUUCGGUUGUUCGGACAUGUAUAUAGUGGUGGCAUUAAAGCCACUCAAUUUGGAUUUGUGUAAAUGCGAACGUGAAAUUGCCAAGGUGCAAUGGAUGCCAGUGGAGGAAUAUUUGCAGCAUCCGGACGUGCAUCAAACAAAUCGUCACUUUAUGCGCACCUAUUUGGACUAUAAUAAACGUAAUAUACGUUUUACAUACGAACGUGCACAGCAUCGGGUAUUGAAACGUGAAUACACUUUGUUUUAUAUGAAACCGAUUGAGGAUAAAAAGGAAAGUGACAAAGUCUAGCAGGGUAAUGGAAUGUGAUAGGGCCGUGAAUAGUGAACACAGCUACACGUAAUAACUCACGAAGUGGCCUUUGUAAUUAGACACAUGUACAUACAUACGUAAUAUAAUAAUACAAAUUUUAAAUUUUUUACGCUUUGUAAAAAAUACCGGCUAAGAUGAAUUUAACAAAUACGCUAGUAUUGAAUAAAAUGUAACUAAAUAUGGCAACAAGAA